GUGGUCCGUAGAGAGUCAGUCAGUCAGUUGAGUGGGUAGGUCUAAGUGGUGAGGAGUAGGACAGUUUUGUCGUGCACCUGGACACCAUGGACGACUACCCGAUGUACGGCUUGCUCAUGGGGUUCUCCCUCUGGGGGACCCUCUGGCGUCUUCUCUUUCCACUGGGAUUCUGGCACACGAUUGCGUGUAGAGUAGAGACGAGGAGUGGUGUGGGCACCACUCCUUACACCCAGGCGCAGGAGGAGGAGGCAGCGAAAAUUCUGGCUGAGCAGAAGGCCAGGAAGGAGGAGAAGGAGUUGGUCAAGCAGGCUACGAAGAUUGCCCUGCAGCAGGAGCAAGCCGCCAAAAUGAAUAAGUUACAGGAAGAGAUGGAGAGAGUGAAGAAGGAGGAGGAAGAAAAGAUGAAGGUUGUGGACACAGAAGAGGUGGAGGAAGAGAAGGAGAAGCAGGCAGAAGCAGAAGAGAUUCCCCCGAUAAGAAGGUCAGUGAGAGAAAAGGGGGAAUCUAGUGGCACGAAGGGGGACCCAUGGAUAGAGAAGAAGGUGACUGAGUGGGUUGCCAACUUGUCACUGGGGGAAACUGAGGAGGCGAUGCUAUACGUUCCCCUAGACGAACAAGAGACGGUGAUAAAGAAGAUAGAGGCCGAAGCAGAUCCUCUUAAAAGUCAGAUGAUAGUGGAGGAGAAGAAGUUGGAAUGGAGAUUACGUCUGAUUAGGGAGAACAAGAGGAGGAUGGAGGAAGCUGAGAAGGUGGCGAGAGAAUUAGAAGAAGUCAAAUAACAGAGAGCUCAGCUAGAAGCGCAGGCAGAUAUACAGGGGAAGAUGGAUGUAAUGGCUAGGAAUAUAGAACGCCUGGCAAAGGCCGUUGACGAGCAACAGUUCUUUGCCAGAAGCCAGGACAUCACGUUGCGAUCGAUCCGUCUAGGCUUUCGAGAGUUCGCAAGGGACAUGAUGGUCCAUGUAGCCACGGAGAUGAAAGCUAGACUAGAAAACACAGAGCGGUUAUGCACUGGCGCCAUUGAAGGUGCCAAGUUAGCUGCGCCUAAGGAGGAAGAACGGCGUCCCCGUAGAGAGCCAGUAAAGGUGAAGUUCCCUG